AAGUAGGGUUUCGGGAACAUCCUAAACAGCAGCCUGUACUUAGAACACACGUUGCUGUGCCUGUUCCCUCACGUGUCCUCUGCCUGGAGAAGGUCUCAGGAUCAAACAACACAGCAUACCGUGGGCACUCAGUAAACACUGCCACCAUCUGUCCUUAUUCCAGCUGCCUCAUACUAUCCCUUCCCUAGGGACAGACACCGGCCUCAGAGACCUGAUUUGCUACUCCUGAUGAGACCCACUGUGCUGGGCUCCCCAGGCCGUGCACCCCCAGAAAAUGAGCCCGUCGUGGUAAAGCUGGAGGACUCUGAGGAGGAGGGAGAAGGCACUCUGUGGGACCCAGGCCCUGAGGCUGCCCGUCUACGCUUCCGCUGCUUCCGAUACCAAGAGGCAGUUGAUCCCCAGGAAGCCCUGGCCCAGCUCCGAGAGCUGUGUCACCAGUGGCUACGCCCAGAGGUACACUCCAAGGAACAGCUGCUGGAACUCUUGGUGUUGGAACAGUUUCUAGGUGCACUGCCUCCCAAAAUCCAGGCCCGCGUGCAAGGGCAGUGGCCAGGCAGCCCUGAAGAGGCCGCUGCCUUGGUUGACAGGCUUCGGUGGGAUCUGGAUGGACCUCGAAAAUGGGUCACAGUCCAGGUACAGGGAAAGGAGGUCCUAUCAGAAAAGAUGGAACCCUCCGGCUUCCAGCCUAUACCUCACAUCAAGCUUCAGACUCCAGAGCCCAGGGCGGAAACUCCUCCCGGGGCUAUGCCGGAAUUGCCGAUGGACCUUCAAAUGAAAGAGGAGACAGAGGUGGUGGAGAAUCCAGAGCUCCUGGAGUCUGGACCUCUUCGCCCUGCCCAAGAGGCUGCGGCUGCUCUCCUCCCUAAGGAGGCCCAGGGCCAUGCGACAGCACUGGACCAGACCUCUCCUCACAGCGACACUGAGCCCGAUGUGCCCCCAUGGAGUGAGGACCCCGUGGCCCUGUGGCAUGAGGAAGUAGGGGGCAUCUUCUCACCAGGUUAG